AACCAAGGAAGUGAAACGAGUGCAGCCAAAGCUUUUGUUUUCGGUUCUUGUGAACAAACUUCAGACGAGUCGGUUUCACACCCACAGUUUAAACAGGCACCAUGAGUGACUCCCCUGUCAACACACUGGUUCUGAUCGGGGUGGGCUCCAGCUUUGCCUUCUCCAGCCUGUUUUAUCAUUUGUAUCAAGAGAAGAAGAAGGAGCUGGAAAAGCUGAAGGAAAUACCUCUUUUCAAACCAGACCAACAUCUGGUCCAUGUACUGAAAGCAUCGCCCCACAAGAGACUCCAGUAUGUUGCUGUGGAAGGUCUGGUCCAGGCAGACGCGGAGCCUCUGGCCAGCCGGUUUGUCCCACGAUGCUUUGGUGUGAUUCAGAAGAUCGCUGUGGAGGAACACUGGAAAUACUGGAACAGCCUCACCAGCACGUGGAAUUCUCGGACAGUGAAUAAGAAAGAGACCAGCAACUCUGUGCCCUUCAGUCUGAUCAGCCCUGGAGCCUACAUGACUGACAUGUACGUGAAAGUGCAGAACCCUCUGGAGGCCUGCGGCUGCCCCCUGGAGAGGGUCUACCACAAAUUAAGACGUUCUGAGGAGAGCUUGGUGAACCUGGCACUGCAGGGCCUCAGUGGGGAGAAACCCGUGGCGAUGGAGGAGAGCGAGGAGCUGCUGCGGGUGGGGAGCGUCCUGACUGGGUUCGGGGAGGUGGUGCUGGAGGGAGGCCAGGUGAUGAGGCUGCAGGCGCCGCAGGACCACCGCAAAUACAUGCUGGUGGCCACUGACUACAAGAGCUUUAUAGACAGGCACGAGAGUUCAGCCAGCAUGUGGAAGACGCUCACUGCUGUCACCGGCCUCACGGGGGCGUCUCUUCUAGCAGGGGUCAUUUACAACUUAGUAGGAAAACAGGAUGACAGGUCAAAGUAGGCUUCAAGAGGAGGAUCUUGCAGGUUGGACAACUGCUGAAGCUGUGUCACAGUUUUUUGGGUGUAAAACGGAUUCAGGUGUUUUGUCAAGUUGGCUUCACGUCACAUUUCUGAUUUGGGAUAUUUUGGAUAAAGAUGCUGUCGCAGGUUUAGAUUUGUUUCUAACUACGGUGGCCGUGAGGGGCAAAACACAUCAAUAUUGGCCGAAACAGUUGUAAAAUAGAAAACUUGAUACAAUAUCAAUAAUUAUAACAAUAUUAUGUGCAUCAAUGUAACAAAGGUUCAAAAUGCUUCAGUAAAUCGACCAUGCAUUGUGUAAGCAGUGAGGAGGUAUAACACAAAGUCUGUUUGUCAUUCUCUGCUGAUAAAGAGUUUAAAACCACAACCCUCACUCAGGAGCAAAAGUCAGUCUUUAAACUUAACAGAAAUAAUAAUAAUGAUGCAACAUUUAUUGUGAUAAUUAUCGAUACUGAUUGAAAUGUUUUGUGGCCAUAUCGUCCAGCCCUGAUGUCUUACAAAACAUAUUAACAAAACCUAAAACAGCAGCAAAGGAUAGCAAGCAACAGUGUUUCUUGUUUGUGAUCAGACAGAUCCCAAAUCAAUGUGUUGUCUGUUACACCGUGUACUUAUUAUUACUCGAGGCUUGUUGGGUUUUGCCCCUCAGAGCCUCCAAACUAAUCCGACCACUUCAGAAAAGUGUAAAAACGUGUUCGAUCUUUCUCUGUGCUUAGUCUCCUCAACCUGAUGAUGUGAACAAAGUCUUGUAACUGUUGGACUAUGUUUCCU